AUGAGGAUCCUUGGUUGGAACUGUCGGGGCAUCUGCCACGCCUCGACAGUUCGAGCCCUUGGGGUUCAAAUAAAAGGGGCAAAACCUGAUGUGGUUUUCCUCUCUGAAACAAAAGCAAAUGAGAGUCGUGUGGAAUUUGUUAAAAAUUUUCUUAAGUUUGAUAAUAAAAUUGUUGUUGAGGCUAAGGGUAGUGCAGGUGGUUUGUGUAUUAUGUGGAAGAAUGGUUUGGUUAUCAAUGAGGUGGAAUUUGAUAAGAGUAUGAUUGCUGUCAAAGUAACUGAUAAGUGCACUGAAUGGCUCUUAAUCGGGUUCUAUGGUCCCCCAUACCAAGCAAAGAAGAGGAAAGCCUGGGGGAAUCUAUUUGCUCUGCUUGAAUCACACCAGGGUCCGUGGGCAUUGGACCUUGGGUAUUCAGGGAACAAGUUUACUUGGGCCAGAGGCAAAUGGGGCAAAGCAGCUAUUAAAAGGAGACUUGAUAGGGGAGUGGCUAGCAUUUCUUGGCGCCUAGCAUUUCCGAAGGCUCUCAGGGAUGAAAGGUGCAAUGGUGUCAUUGAAAAUGCCUGGAACGCUAAUGUAGUCGGAUCAGAUUUUACUGAGCUGUAUAAAAAGCAAGGUGCCACCAGAGAUGCCCUUCGCAAAUGGAACAAGGAGGUUUUCGGCCACUGCCAGAAUAGAAUCAACAUUCUGCUCAAGAAAAUAAAGGAGGUUCAGGAUAAGCACCCAUCUCCGGAAAAUGAGUUAGUUGAAAAUGCCCUGCAAAUCGAACUCUCUGAAUGGCUCCUCAGAAGUGAAGUAAUUUGGCGGCAAAAAUCCAGAGAAUUAUGGCUCAAACUAGGUGACAAAAACUCUAAGUUCUUCCACUUGUCCACUAUUAUUCGUAGAAGAAGCAACAACAUUGAUGCCAUAAAAAAAGAGGACGGGACAUGGACCCACAAGUCAAACCAAAUCAGAACUUUAUUCCGAGACAGUUUCAUGAAUCUGUUCACAGAAGAUGAAAUUUGUUUUCCAGAGCAUCUUGAGCAUCUAAUUCUGUCGUGUAUAACAGAGGAAGAAAAUGAGAUACUUCAAAGUAUUCCCACUCCGGAGGAGAUCAAAAAUGCUCUUUUCCAAAUGCAAGACCUUAAGGCUCCGGGGCCGGAUGGUUUUCCAGCUCUAUUCUACAAGCAGCUCUGGCCUACAAUGGGAAAUGAUGUGAUUAAAGCAGUGACUUCUUUCUUCAUCAUGGGUUCAAUGCCUAGAGAGGUAAAUGCUUCCCUGAUUGUGCUUAUCCCAAAAAUCUCAAACCCAACCUCUAUUAACCACUUCAGACCGAUAAGCUUGUGUAAUGUGGUAUAUAAAGUUAUUUCUAAGCUCCUGGUGGAAAAGAUUAGGCCUUUGCUCGACAAAAUGAUCUCUCCUACCCAAUCAGCCUUCAUCCCAAACAGAUGGAUAGCUGAAAACCAAAUCAUUGUCCAGGAAGUUCUCCAUAGCUUCAAGACUUGUAAAACCAAGCCUGGCCUCAUAGCCAUCAAGCUUGAUCUCCAAAAGGCAUAUGACAGGGUUAACUGGAAUUUUCUGGAAGUUGUUCUUCUCCAUUUUGGCUUCAAUGAAAUUUUCACUAAAUGGAUCAUUGCUUGUGUUUCAUCAGUGACUUUUGAAGUGUUGGUUAAUGGGGGAAAAUCUGAAUGUUUUAGGCCGAGCAGGGGGCUGAGGCAAGGCGAUCCUCUAUCACUGUAUUUGUUUAUCUUGGGGCAAGAAGUAUUAUCCAGACUGAUUGAACAUGAGCUUAAGCUUAGAAAUGUUGCUGGCAUCAAGACAAGUAUCAGCGGCCCAACCAUUUCGCAUGUCAUGUAUGCUGAUGAUGUUGUUCUGUUCUCAAAGGCGUCUAGCAAGGAUGCAGAAAGUUUAGUGAAAUCUUUGGAGAAAUAUUGUAGAUGGUCGGGGCAAUCUAUUAAUAGAAACAAGUCAGGGGUUUAUUUCUCAAAGCACACCCAUAGUCAUGCGCGGAGGUCGAUUAAGAGCAUUCUUCAAGUAAAAAGCUUAAAGAAGGAAGCAAUCUACUUGGGUGCACCGAUGUUCCUGUCUAGAGCACCGUCAAAGGAUUUUGCUUUUCUCCAAGAUAAGCUUGAAGCAAAACUCGCAGGUUGGAGAAGCAAAUGUCUUUCUUGGGCAGGGAGGAAGACACUCAUUAACUCUGUGGCUCAAACUAUCCCCGUAUAUACCAUGUCCACCUUCAAUAUCCCAAAUAAAGUUUGCGACAAGUUGGAUUCAAUGACUAGAAGGUUUUGGUGGAAGCCUAAUCAGCGAGAGGGCAGAUUUAUGGCUUGGAGAGCUUGGGAAAAACUAUGCUGCCCUAGAAGUGCUGGAGGCUUAGGCUUCAAAAAAUCUAAAAGUAUCAACUCUGCUCUACUGGCCAAGUUGGCUUGGAUGGUGGCGUCUAAAAGGGAUAGUCUCUGUUUGAGAAUCCUUAGAGCGAAGUAUAAGGUUAAAGAGGACUGGCUCCGGGCUGAAGCAACAAAGUACGCUUCUCCAAUUUGGAAAGCAAUUGAGGGAGCAAGGGUAGUAGUAAAGAAAGGAGCUUGUUUCCUAAUUGGGGAUGGAGAAUUUGUGGACAUAUGGCUGGACCCUUGGGUGCCUUGGGUCCAUAAUUUCAUACCUUCACCGCGGGUUGAGUCUUCAGCCCAAUUGCCAAUGAAGGUAGCACAUCUCAUUGAUCAUGAGCUCCACACCUGGAAAUCAUCCUUGAUUCACAGUUUGUUCAAUCCCAGUUCUGCAGAAGCCAUUCUGUCUAUCCCCAUUCCAUCAAGGCCUAGACCGGACAAGCUCAUUUGGAUUCCUGACCCCAAAGGGAGCUUCUCAGUUAAGUCUGCAUACAAAGAAUUGAUGUCAAGCUACCCAGCACAGGACACUUCUGAUGUGAAUUGGAGCAAAAUCUGGAAAAUUAGAGGGCCGGAAAGGCUAAGAAUGUUCUUAUGGAGAAUAGCUGCCAAUGCCUUGCCCACGAGGGAAAACCUGAUGAGUCGUAUGGAUAUUUCCGACCCCAGCUGUGUGCUCUGUAACCAGGAGAUUGAAUCGGUCUCUCACCUUUUCUCCAAAUGCCAAGUUGCCAAGCUUCUCUGGUUCUCAGCUUGUUGGGGUUACAGAUCAGAGGAAGCUAAUCUGGAAAGUCCGAGUGACUUGAUAAAGGCAAUCCUAGAUCCACUUCCCCCUGCCUCCUGUCAAGGCCUUGAGUUAUGGCGUGUUUCUCUUAACAUGGCAAUCACUGUGGAAGAAAUUUGGUUCAUCCGAAAUGAAGCUCUCCAUCACAAAGGUUCCGUCGAUCUGCAGGCAGCCAGGUUGAGAAUUAAUGCAAAAUUCAGCGAAUACUGUCAGGUUUUUUCCCUUCUAAAGGCUCCCUCUCCUGAAAAGAGUGAUGCAAAAUGGUCGCCGCCUCCUGUGGGCACCAUCAAGUUGAAUGUUGAUGCAACGCUUUCCCAUUCCAAUGCAGUAUUAGCGGUCAUAGCUAGAGACAACAUUGGGGCUGUGAAUUGGAGGAAUAUCAUAGUGGAAAGUGACUCAAAGUUCAGCAUUGAUGCUAUUUUGGAUUGUGCGGACAACACCAGAUGGUCAAUCUCAGCUUUGGUUUCUGACAUAAACGGUUUUGCAAAUUCAUUUUCUUCUUAUUCUUUCCUUUGGAUUAAUAGAAGCGGAAAUGCUGCAGCCCAUGCAAUAGCAAAGUACGCUCUUGUUUGUUUAAGUUCCUUCUGUUUGCUGCCAGGCAGUCUUCCAGCAGAUUUGGCUUCUGUUUGUUUGGAAGAUGCCUUGGCUUUGUCUGUUUCCUUUUGA